AUGAUUUUUCCCUACAUCCUAGUGUUUGCGGCUGUAUUCAUACAGAAAGGUGGCGCUAAUCCACAAAUGUGCAGUACCUGUGGUGGUGGUUCCUGUACAGCAGACAAUGGAUGUUCAUGCAAUAAUGAUCUCACAAUUUCCUGUGUUCCCACCAAUGAGUGUGCUUCUGUUGGGACCAACAUUUGUUGCCCUACAGGUUACUACUGGUCGUCGGUAGAUAACUGCUGCACAGAUACACUGCUCUGCAACCCCUCUUGUAUGUCUGAGGAGAUCUGCCAAAAUGUUAGUGCAGUAGCAACCUGUAGCUGUAACACUACUCUCUUCUAUGGAAUGAGCUCAUCAUCUUUUGUUCCAACUGUAACAUGUGAAUCAGCUGUAAUUACAAUUUCCAUGAGUAAAUGCUUACUUGAAGGUUUUGGGUAUGAUUCCUCAAGUUUCAAGUUUAAUGACAAUUCAGACUCCUGUGUUAAUACAUACACUUCGGCUGUGAACGACAUAACUAUGCAGUACAUCCAGGUUUUACCCCAGGCAGGCUGGUGUGGCAAUGAAGUGACGACUGAUUCUACAAAAGUUAAUUAUACCAACACGCUCUACAUUGGAAUUCAGAACUCAAGCAUUAUUACUAGCAACCCUCUCAACAUGUCCUUCACGUGCUCUUACAAUCUGUCCAUGCAGAUAAGUCUGGUGGCUGCACUCAAGCCUACAAUAAACACUGUCAACAUUUCAGUAAGUGGGGAAGGCUCAGUACUCACUACAAUGACAGCAUAUUGGGAUGACCAAUUCAGUACACCAAUACAAGAGAAUGACAAUGUUCCAGUUGGAUCAAAUGUGUACUUGGGAGUAUUCUCACAAGCUACGGAUGGAAGCUCAUUUGUUAUAAGAGCGGAAAGCUGUUACGCUACACCCGAUAAUGAUGUCAAUAAUGUCAAUAAAGUGUCGAUUCUGAGUGGAGGGUGUCCUGCUAAUCAGGGAGUAACUGCAGAGGUGCUGGAGAACGGAGUAUCUCUAGAGUCCCGAAUGAAAUUUAAUUCAUUUGCAUUUCAAGGACAGGCUUUAGUUUAUAUUACAUGUGAAGUGCGACUGUGUGUCAAAAAUAAAACAUGCACUGGGUGUAACGUUGCUCGUUCUGAAAGUGGUGAUGGAAUAGGAAUAUUACAAAUCCCGGUGAAUUUCUUAGAUGACUACAGCACAUCAGCAUCUAAUACAGUUGUAUCCUCCUGGGCCCUGCUGGUCAGCUCCAUGCUGACAUAUCUGUCUGUUAAGCUCUUCUGA